UCUGCGCAUGCGCUGUGUCUUGAGUUUGACGCGGGACCACUGGAGGAAGAAGGCACCUACACGCUUGUGUUGUCCUGACGCCACAGUGUCACUCUUAACUAUUUCUUUUUUCAUUUUUAUUAACUUAAACUCGAGCUGCCUACAUGUGGAACCAGGCAGGAUACAAUGAUUCCGCUACAGGCGGAGGUUACACUCAGUCUCCAGGAGGCUUCGCAUCACCUGCUUUAUCCCAGGGAGGAGAGAAGAAAGGGAGAACCCGUGCGACGCAGAUAAUCCCCUGCACAGUGUCUCAGAUGAUGUCUGCUUCUCAGGCGGAUGAGGCGUUCAGAGUCGGGGAUGUAGAAGUUGCCCAGGUCACCAUUGUGGGUGUCAUCAGAAGCACAGACAAAUCCAUGACCAACAUCCAGUACAAGGUGGACGACAUGACGGGAGCUCCCAUGGACGUGAAGCAGUGGGUCGACACUGAGGAUCCCAGCACAGACAGCACUGUCCUGCCUCCAGGCACCUACGUCAAAGUUUCUGGAAACCUGCGCUCCUUCCAGAACCACAGGUCGGUCGUGGCAUUCAGCGUCAGACCCCUCGAGGACAUGAAUGAAAUCACCUCACAUAUGCUGGAGGUCGUUCAAGCCCACAUGGCACUCGGCAAACCUCAGAGCAUGGUGGGAGUCGCAGGAGGAGUGAGCAGUAAUGCCACGCCGCUGUCACGGCCGGCCACAGGCAACAUGGGAGGGAUGGGAGGGGGCUACACGGGCGCUAACGACAUGGUCAACAACGGGUUGAGUGCGAGUCAGAAUCAGGUGCUGAGUUUGAUAAGAGGCUGCCCAGAAGCUCAGGGCAUCAGUAUUCAGGACCUGAGGCAGAGACUCGGCGGCUUAAGUCUGCCUGUCAUCAAGCAAGCAGUGGAAUUUCUUAGCAACGAAGGUCACAUCUUCUCCACCAUCGACGAAGACCAUUUCAAAUCAACAGACAAUGACGAUUAGACGUGAAACCUUUCCGUCGCCGUUCGAGUCAAACCUGACAUUAGUCAUUAGGAGACGACCAAAUCUCAUCCUUUCUGACGUGUUCAGUGUGUCAACCCUCCACGUGUUUUCUGUAUUCCUGACUUUCUUUCUACUCGUUUCAAAGUCUAAGACUUUGCAAAGUUGUUGGGUAUUAAAGCUAUUUCUCUCUGUCCUUUUUUCAGUUUUCCAUUGUAAAGCAUUUUGUAAUUUUAAGGAAAUCGGAAAAACGUAUGUACUUGACUUAUUUUUGUCUGUGUAAGUUUUGACAAUAUUAAAAGGUUGUAAAGGA